AGUAACUGGUACAUGCGUGCUUGUUCAUCGACAUGCAGCCUUUUUAUUUUUAUUACUCAGUAGCCGUGUUAUAUUUUAUUCACAAUGGAAGCUCACAAGAAGUCCAAAGCUGUUUUUCGUCUGAAUGGUUGACGUCAGUGAAAAUGUCUAUGAAGAUAGCUAAAGCAGGAUUUCACAGAACUCCAAUACAGUAUUCAGUAUGGAAAAGUGAUCAUGAUGUCAAAGCUUUAUUAGUUCAAAAGCUGCCAAGUGGAGUUUACAUGGAUGAAUAUCAACUGGCAAAUAUGAGAGAGGACACAGGAUUGGAGGUUCUUCUUGAUUCAAAAGUGGACCUGGAAGCUCCAGAAUAUUUGUCCACUGAGUUUACAGCAUUCAUUUUUCUUUCUGCAUCGGAGGAUUCUGGACAACAUGCAGCCACGGUUCCCGUUCAUGCACGCUAUCACAGACCCUCAGACUCAGGUCAUGUACGGGUGAAAGUGGACAUCGAGUCACCCAGGCUGUUAAUUAGAUCAGAUCAAUGCAAGAUUCCGCCUCCCGGCUCAUCUCAUGUGGUCGUUGAUGCUCCCUGUACGCUCAGUAACGUCAGCGUGUGUUCAUGGUUGAAGAUUCUAGAUUUAAAGGAAACAGGACCUGUGAGCCUGGAGAUUCCAGUUGGAGAUGCCACACAAACCGUCACCGUCUGUGUCGUCACUGUUUUAGUGACCCUGCUGAGCUGUAGUUUGAUCCUGCGAGCCAUGUGGAAGCACAGCACCUAUAAUCAUUCCAAAAAGACAACGUAAACAAAAACAUUGAGUUUUUGUAUUUAACGAUGAACAUAAUUGAGCAAGUUCGAUUUAUUUAAGGUACAACUUUACCAUUAUACCACUGUCGAUAAUUUAUUCUUUAUACAGGAAAAUGUGUUUUUGUAAAUAUAAUAGAAUUUAUUAAACAAGUUACGAAAAUAUUA